AAGAGACGUUUCACCACCAAUCAUUUCACAUAACAUAAUGCAUUGAAACCCAACCCCAGAAAUGGAAGCUACUGCCUGCUGUUCAUUCCAUCUUUCUUCAUCCCCAAACAGCUUAUCUAAACUCCCAAUUCCAAUCCCGAAGCCAUCCCACAAUACCCACCGGAAUCGCCAAUUCCAAUUCUCACCAAUCUCAGCCACACUCAAUUCCCCAAAAGGCUUCGGUCCUCCACCUCCCAAGAAAGUCACCAAAAAGCCCCUAAUCCCAAAGAAGAUCAACAAUGAAGAUGAAUAUGAAGAUGAAGAUUAUGAAACAGAAAGAGAAGCAGGUGUGAUUCCCGAGAUAGUAACCAACAGAAUGAUUGGUAGGAUAGGGCUUUCAGUUGGGAUUCCACUGUUAAUAGGACUGUGUUUCUUUCCAUUCUUUUACUACCUGAAAGUAGGAUUGAAGAUUGAUGUACCCACUUGGGUUCCUUUCAUUGUGUCAUUUGUGUUUUUUGGGACAGCACUAGCUGGUGUUAGUUACGGGAUAGUGUCCACUAGUUGGGACCCUAUGAGGGAAGGAUCUCUUUUGGGUUGGAACGAGGCUCAAAAGAAUUGGCCUGUUUUUUGGCAAUCACUUUGGGGCUCGCCUGGUUCAAGAAAGAGGUUUUAAACCUUUUUUUUUUUUUGUUAAAUAAACAUCUGUAUACUUCUCUUUAAGUUAUUUCCCAGUCAUAUUAAAUAUAGACACUUUAAAUAGA